GGGUUCUCCACCGUGAACACGCAAACUCAUAUCCGCAACUUUCAGAAAAUGCAUCAACCUCAUUUGUAAAAGGAAGUUUAUUUUAUCGCGUGAAAAGGAAGUCUUCGUCAUGUCUUUGUGGAGUAGCCCUGAACCUUUUCCGACGCAAACCCCAGAAACGACAACACCUGUUGACAAAGACGAGUAUGAAUAUUACUGUAACGAGACGGUAUUUAAAAACGACAUUGUCAGCUCCUACUCACACUGGUUCCUCAUACCAUCGGUGUUAAUCUUGCUGUUAUUAGCGUUUCUUGAGAAAAGACAAUCGGUCAAGUUGGAAUUUCUUGGUGGACGCCCUGGACUUCCAAGGCCAUUUAGUUUUCUGGAUGAGCCCAGAAACAAAUGGGGCAUAUUGUUUGCCUUUGGGUCAGCAACAGCCAACCUGCUACAAGUUCUAUUUCAGACGUUUAGUGCGAACUUUCCAGUGUGGGCAAAAAUUUUUUUGGUGUACAUUCUAAGCCUGGAAACGAGCCUUAUCUGUUACCCGUUGUUUGCCUGUAUGUCAUCUCGUUACACACUGGUCGGCGCCAUAACCGGAAUUCUCUAUUCAACGGGAUGGCUAUCUUUCCAUCUGUUUCGACUUGUGCAUGAGGCAAGAUGUUAUGCCAAAUACAAUAUGGAAUCUGUGGACGUAGCAGGCGCAUCUAUUGCGAUGAAACUUCCUGUCGUUCUGUUCAGUCUUUUUGUUGUCAUCAAGUUUGUCGGGAAGCUCACCAAGUGUCUUAGACAGAAGAAAUAUUCGAGGAGUAGAUCUGAGGAGGUAGGAAACAAAUUGUGCACAAGUUCUGAUCUGCUGUAUGUAAAGACACUGUUCAAUGCAACAGGGUAUACAGAAACUGAAGAGGAUUUGAAGACAAUGCCUUGUUGGACUAGAUUGUUCCGGAAGUUUGUUAAACCGGUCCAUGGUUUCAAAUUCCCCAUUGCCAUGCUCAUCACAACAUUCCUCUCAUGUAUUUUUAUAUACUGGACGACCAUAAACCUUGUAACUGUGUUUGAUUUUAUAUCACACAAAUACGGGCUGCUUACAGUGGCAAACGUGUUUGCCUGCCUGACCACCAUACCCUGUGGCCUAAGAAAUGUCUACCUUGUUCUCAUGAGUUACAGGCGGGAUAUGCUGCGCCUGUACAGGGGUGACAGGAGUUUCAUCCCAGCUUCAUUGAGGAAUUGCCCUCCAAACAUUUACAUGGCCCAGGGAAUGAGAUUUAUUGGAAACUCAAUCGUUGGAUCAUUUUGGGGGUCAGUAUUUGUGUAUGUUGUGGUAUACGUGCCAGUUGCCUUGAUGCUUCUGACGUUAAAAUAUUUGGAUGACAAAGACAAACUCCAUUUACUUUGGCCCCGUUUCGAGUGGUUGAUUUACCCAGCCUGUACCAUUCUAAUCUUCAAAAUACAGAUGAUUCUAGUGGCCAAGUUUUUCAUGCAGCCAAAACUUGAGGAAAGAGACAAGUACAAACCAUUGGCCGUUAAUAACAGAACAGUGUACGAUGUCUUCAGUUUCUUCAUGUUGUUUCUCAAUGCAAGCAUCGGUCUUGUUCAGUACCUGAAGCGAAUCUUGUUCAGUGCUGUUCUCGGCGUUUUCCUGAUCCCUCGAAUGGAUCGAAGCCUUUACAUGCGGGGGUAUGAGACCAUGGAUAAAUGCUACACCAACUACAUAGGUAUGAUCCUAGUCGAUGUCGCCCACAAUCAUCCGGUCAUGCGAGUAUUUUGUCAUGUACUCAGUGAUGCUAUGGAAAGGACACGCAAGAGGGCCACGGCCACCACAGAAUACCAAGAAUACCCACCUUAUGCAGAUGUCCGGCCAGAACAACAGGACAAAGAACUGAGCAUUGCUAAAAGAAGAUGGCUUCUAGCCUUUACUCUCGUUAGAAAUCCAGACUUACAGCAGCUACGAGUUCACGGCACGCAUAAUAUCAAGGAUGAUAACUCAGUGUAUGUCGAUGUUAGCGAUAUUGCUGUUGUGGAUGCAGAAAAAUGUUCUGGAAUCAGUGACAACAUGGUCAUGGACACUUGGGGUUGUGUUUGUCGUUUUUGUAAGAAUUAUAAAUUUACGAUCCCACCAAAUAUUACCACUAACAUUAUGGUAGGCAUUGUAUUAUUUGCCAUACUGAUAAUCUAUUUUGGACUUCCGUUGAUUAUUACAUUAUAUUAAAUCCAGCGUAAGAAAACGAUCUUGUUGGGAAUCAUAAUAUUGACCUCUAUUUAGUUGUAUUUUGUGUUGAAAUAGUUGCAUAAAUUUUCUUAUUAAGUCAAUGCCGGAAAGGGCAUGAAAACUAUUCGAAGAAAUCCUUUUUUGUCAGCAAUUAAUUUGUCACAUCUUAAUGUGUUGCCAUCGUUUUUUAUACACAAGAAAGGCUGACCUAGAGAGUUACUAUUCUUUGUUGUUGUUGUUGAUUUCUCAUAUACAAAUACAUGCUAUAUUUCCUAAAAAUUUCCAAGGGGAUUUUGUUCAGAAAGCUAUGGGAAUUCAAAAUAAGCAAAUUGGAUUUUAAAUGUGUCUGAAUAUUUGUCAAAUAGAAUAUUAUAAUCUCUCUGGCAUGCAUGUACAUGAGUUUAACAAAGUUGUAUAUGGUUGCAAUUUGGUAAAUUAAACAUAAUAAACAAUACUAGUUGUUUCGUUUAAUAAAUUAAAAAUUAUGUCACUUUUUAAAUUUUGCAAUCUUAAACUUGCAGUUCAAGGGCGUGUUACUUAACCAUUUCCUUUAUAUUCAGAAUGUUUGCAUUUAAAGUCUGUUAAGUUAUACUGUGUUUAAAAUCCAUUAUUAUUUAGCAAAAUCAUUUAUGAUAUGAAUCAAGAUCUGAAAAAGCUAUGCAGUUAUGUUACUUGUGUGCCAUACCAAUGUAAGUGUGAAUUUAUAUUUAAAUAAGGCAUUGUUUUAAUCGUAUUGUUGUUAAAAGCAAUUUGUUAUUGUGAUGACCUUGCCAUGUUUCAUACGACUUAUUAUGUACAUAUGUUACAGUGAUAAAAAUGUGUGUAGAAAGGCAAUUAAAUUUGAACAUUAAAACAGAACGUUGGCAUCACUUAUCCUCAAGAACAAAAAAGUAUUGUAUUUACAUUAACUACCUUAUUGGUAAUACAUACACACACAGCAUAUAUAUUCUGAAGGACAUAUAUACAUAAGAAUCAUUUUUAUAUAAUGAAUAAAGUCGCAAUACUAAAAUAAGGACACUUAACAAUUUUGAUUCAAAACGAGUGGUUUAACAUUUGAUAUGAAAACAUAAACAAAUAGAAAUGAAUUGUGUGCGCUUUAAAGUGACGUAUUAGGUAUUUAGAAGUCUACGUCAUCAAAUUUGUAUUGUAAAUACAAUAAGACUAAUGUGGUCAUUCAAAUGUGUUACACGUUUACAAAAUAAAUAAUGAAAACACACCAAGGCACGUUCUUAUCAAUGUAAGGGAACUUAUUCCGUAUUAGAAACAGUCAAUGUAAUUUUUAUAUUUUUAUCUUUUACUGUAUAGCAAUAUAACCAUAAAACAAAUUAGCUAACUACGAACUCCAAUAUUCUUUUGGCGUUGUUUUUUAUUAUCCUGUUUUACUUUUAUAAAAAACCCUUAAAAGCCAAUGUAUCUUUUGUGCUGACAUUAUUGAUUGUUUUGUUGUUGUAUAUUUUGGCUUUUAAGUUCAUACUUAUUACUUAUAUCUUUAAUGUACACAUGCUAUUAUUUUGCUGUUUCAGAUGUUCUUAUAUACUUUAUUCCAUAGCACUGGCCUCAAUUAUUGUAUGUUUUUGUGUUCGGUAUUGAGUAUUUGUGUACACAUUUUUCUCCAUAACUCCAUACGUAUUACUUUCACUGUUUACGUUUUCCGAUGUUGAUUCACAAUCCAUAAUAAAUCUUUUAACAUUU